AGAGGAAAGGUCUCUUGAGCUUUGCAAAGGGAGGAAUUACUUGCAUACCGACGCUUUAGCUGUGGUAAAACACUUUCCAUGCCGAAGAUGGACCAUGUAAACAUGACCCAAGCCAUGCUUGAUGCUGAAUCCCGCAAUACAGAGAAGAACAACAGCAACGAGUAUUUUUACAUUCUGAUUGUCAUGUCUUUCUACGGGAUCUUCCUGAUAGGGAUAAUGCUCGGCUACAUGAAAUCCAAAAGUAAAGAGAAGAAGUCCAAUUUGCUUCUGCUCUACAAAGAUGAGGAAAGAGAAUGGGGGGAAGCUGCAAAGCCUCUACCAACCAUAUCGGGGCUGAAAUCUGUCCAGAUCCCCAUGAUGCUGAACAUGCUGCAGGAGAGCAUGGUGCCGUCCCUGUCCUGUGCCAUCUGCUCGAUGGAAGGCAGCAGUGUAAGCUCCGAGUCCUCCUCCUCCCCAGAUGUGCACUUCACCAUCCAGGAGGAAGUGCUGGAUGCUGAACUAGGGGAAGUGUCAGAAACGCUCCUCAACGAGAGCAGCGAGGGAUCUGCGGAAAACAUCCAUAAGAACUCCUAGCACUUGCAGGGCUCCCUUGAUCAGCUGCCAAAGCAUGAGUGGAGCUCCCACUAAGAACUUGUGGUUCUUUCCUGCUCUCCAGUGAACUCUGAACAGGUAUCUCUGCCCCUGGGCCCGAGGUGUUCCUGAGAGCUGGCAGGACAAGGAAGCAGUGGUACCCAACUCCAAAGUGUAACUUGCACAU